AUGCUUCGCCUGUGGAUACCGAUGCGCUUGAGGACGGCAGCCCCGCUCCUCGUCUGCCACAAGCUCGCUCGGCGUGCCCAGCGUGUCUGGGAUCUCGACUACACGAGCUAUAGCAGCUUUGGGGCACAUCUCAGCCCGGACCCAAAAAGACGCGGUACGACGCCUCCCAGGUACCGGCUGGUCGAGUUCGACAACGGCUUCUUCUGGGACGACAGCCCGGACCUGUACAGCUCGUACAAAGCCUCCACCGAGGAUGGCCGGCGGUCGAGGCGUGCGCUCUGCCUCGUGCAGCAGCCUGGGUGCAGCCUGCUCCUGUUCAGGACGCUGGUCUACGAAGACGUACCCGACCUCUCGUUCAUCCACGGGCUGACUAUCCGCGACCCGACGGCCCGGAUCGAGGGCACGAGCACUGAGCGCAAAAGUGCGUCCCACACCAUUGGCCCUGCAAGACAUGUUCCUGCGGUCAUCGCCCUUGAACAGGUGGCCGAGCUCGCUUCGGCGUGGAUGCGGCGCUGCGGCGCCUCGCACCAAAAGUACUCCGCCGGCCCGUCGAGACUGCCGAGGCGGUGGGUCAUCGACGUGCAGGGCGGCGUCAGGCUCGUGGACACGGCGGCCGACGAGGACGUGUCGGCUACAGCGCCGUACAUGACGCCGAGCCACUGCUGGGGCAACCCCAAGACGGCGUCGCUGCUGCUGCGGACGACGCACGGCACGCUCGCGCAGCACCGGGAGCAGAUCCAGUGGGAGCAGCUGCCGCGGCUGUUCCGGGACGUGGUCAACCUGGUCCGGGCGCUCGGCUGCCGCUACGUGUGGAUCGACUCGCUGUGCAUCGUCCAGGACGACGGCGAGGACGGGGUCGAGGAGUCGGCCAACAUGUCCGAGAUCUACAACAAGGCUGACCCGAACAUCGCCGCGACGUCGAUGCGCAGCGUGCCAGCCGGGCUCUUCCAGCACAGGACCCACGGGCAGGGGUUUCGCCGCCUCCGCAAGUCGGCAGACAGGGGGGGCGGCGGCGGUGGUGGCGGUGCAGACUACUCGGCGGUUCCGUCGCUGGAGUCGAUCGAGGCCGGGGAGGUGGACGGGCGGGCCGUCUUCGCGCGCACCUCGCACGACCGGAGCCACGAGGUGCUGUACGGCGACCUCGACUUCUUCCGCACGCCCAUGGAGCCGCUGCUGGGAAGGGCGACGGGCUGCUUCUGCGAGUGCAUGCGCAUCACCAACGCGCACGGCCUCAGCGUCAGGGACAUCAACUCGACCCAGACCAAAAAGGUUCUGUUCUCUGACGUCUGCGAGGGCCCGGGAGACUCCCGGGCGCCCUUCGACUUUUGGCUCCGCGCUUGUCAGGAAUUCUCGUUCCUGUUCCUGAGCCGCGAGACGGGCCGGCCGUUCGCGCUCGCGGGCAUCGCCAAGCGCAUCCAGAUGCCGACGGGGGACAGGUAUCUCGCGGGGCUGUGGGCGCGGGACCUACCGCGAGCGAUGCUGUGGGCGCCUUACAAGCACGUCGCGAAGCACGAGUUCCAGGCCGACCGCCGGCUGGCGAUUGACGACGCGGGCACAUUCUGCAACUAG